AAAAACACAUCUGUUCGCUCCAGGUUUCGUUUCUUUAUUAGUCCUGCCCCUCAAAAACAGCAAACUGACACUGACAUUCACUGUUUCAGAGCUGUAAGACAAGCAAACACCCCAAACUGGAAAACAUGUCGAACCAAGGACCAAGAAGGCCAUGCGAUGUUCAAAGUAACAGAUGGAGGUCCUAUAGAAACUCACAAGAGCCAAUAAAGAGUGAGACAUCUGCAGAAGACCUGACGCAAAACCAACUGCGUCUCGUCCUGGUGGGCAAAACAGGUGCAGGAAAGAGCGCAACAGGAAACACAAUCCUGGGAGAAGAGCGUUUUCUUUCUGAUAUGAGCAUGGGAUCAGUCACCAAAGAGUGCAAGCGAGAAUCUGGAACGGUGGCAAGACGAAACCUUCUGCUCGUAGACACACCUGGUCUGUUUGACACAGAUCUCACGGAUGAGCAACUACAACAUGAGCUAAUACAUUGUCUAGCUUUGUCUUCACCUGGUCCUCACGUGUUUCUGCUGAUCAUACCAAUCGAGCGUUAUACGGAGGAACAGCAGCGGACCGUGGACAUGAUUCGAGAGAUGUUUCACGAGGACAUCACCCAUCGCACCAUCAUUGUGUUCUCCCAUGCAGACAAACUUCAGGAGCCCAUCGAGAAGUUCAUUUCAAGACAAAACCAAAAGGUUCAAGACCUCGUGGAAAUGUUUGGGAGGCGUUACAUGGCUUUUAACAACACAGAUCCAUUAAACCGAUGUCAGGUUGUUCAACUGCUGGAGAUGGUGGAUAAGUUGCUGGUUCAGAAUGACAACACACACUUUACCAAUCAGAUGACGGAGGUAAUGCUGAAGGCCAAGGCAAUAAUAGACGAGAGAAUAACGAUUAAUAUUAGGGCGGACGUACAGAAAAUGGCUGAUGAUCGCUGGACUGCGUUCACUGCAGACAUGAAAGAAGAUAGACAAGAUUCAGAGAGAAAAAAGAAGCGUGUCCAAGACAGGAUUGAUCAGAUCAAGUCUGAUAUAAAAAAAGAGGAACAGAAUGAGAAACCCAUCCCAGAACGACUGAGACGGUGGCGAGAAUCUCUAGAGAAGGAUCAGAUGAUCUUCAUAAAACUCGAGGAGGAAGAGAGGGAGAGAGUGGAGCGAGAGCGGACUGAAAGGAUGAGUCUGGAUGAAUGGAUUCAUGUGGAGCAGAUGAGGAGAGAAAGUGAGAAGACUAAAGAUGAUUCAUAUUACACUAAAAUGCUGACGAUGCUCACCAGCUUUCUGUUGGGUGUCAGAUCAUUUGCAUCUUUCCUCUUGAGUUUUCUGUUCCCUGCUGCUUCAGUUGUACCAGAAGCCAGCAUGGCAGAAGAGACUUUAACCCAAAUGCUUGCUUUGACUGGAGAAGGCAGACCAUUUAUUUUGCCAACUGCUAUUAAGGUUGCAUCGUUGUGCACCAUACAAUAAUCAACUUUUAAUUUUAAAGAUGAAUAUAUUUAUGUUACUUAUUUAUAUAAGCAGUGUAAAAGGGUGUGGUUUUAAAGUAAAUUAAGAUAAAGUGUUGAAUUUGCAAUUGGUAAUCUUUAGGUGAUGUUUUAUUUGUGGGUUUUAAAUGGGAAACUGUUGCUCUUUUACUGAAUUCUACACAUUUGAAGUGGAAAUGUUUUAGUACUUUCCCCUUUAUUUAUUUUAUUUACAGUGAAUGGUAAUAUUGCACUUCAACCUUUGUGGCACAUUUUUAAUUUCAUGAUCUCCAGCUUAAAUGAAAUAAAAACUUUGCUGCUAUGCAGUCUCUCGUUCUUUUGAUGUUUAUUUACACAUUGUUAUUAAAACUUAUUAAAUGUACAUCACAUGGGAUGAUUGUCUGAUGAAUUGUCAUAAAAAAACAUACAAACAGAACCUGAUCAUGAUAAGAGAGAACAGAGCAUAGUGUACUGCGUGAGAUCAUUGGUUAAUGUGUAACAAAAAGGAAGCACACUGCAGACCGAUCGGCGAAUGAAAUGAAAGUACCGCGAGAGUGAUUCGAGAGCAUAAAGAAAAGUGUGAUCUCGCGUUACUGUGAUGUAAUAGACCGAUCAGCCUGCGCAGCGCUGAGUCAAACACAUCUGUUUUCUCUUAAAAACACAUCUGUUCGCUCCAGGUUUCGUUUCUGUAUUAGUCCUGCCCCUCAAAUACAGCACACCGACUAAAAUUCAGAGCUACUUAAAGAAGCAUCCCAAACUGGAAAACAUGUCGAACCAAGGAGAAACAUCUAAGAAUCAGGAACAUCUAAAGCUCUCUUCAUCUAAUCUCAUUGACGUCUAAGAGAAACUGUUAAAGACCAAGAAGGCCAUACAAUGUUCAAAGUAACAGAUGGAGGUCCUACACAAACUCACAAGAGCCAAUAAAGAGUGAGACAUCUGCAGAAGACCUGACGCAAAACCAACUGCGUCUCGUCCUGGUGGGCAAAACAGGUGCAGGAAAGAGCGCAACAGGAAACACAAUCCUGGGAGAAGAGCGUUUUCUUUCUGAUAUGAGCAUGGGAUCAG